AUGUCUUCUGCCGCAGUCCUCGAGAAAGCCGAAGGAGAUCCCAGUCGUUUUGAAGAUGCAGCAAGCUUUGAGAAAAAGGGGAAACAAUAUGGGAAUCUGACCGCGUUGGCCCAGGCAGCGGCGACAGAACGUGCCCUGACGCCUCUACAAGCCAUCCGUACCUACUGGCGGGCAUUCUUCUGGAGUAUAUUCAUGUGCAUGGGUGCCUUGCUCUCGGGUUAUGAUUCACAGGUUGGUGGAGGUCUUUUGUCAGUUCCAUCUUUCCGACGGGACUUCGGAUAUGAGGCGGAUGGUGGAUGGGUCCUGGCUGCUAGAUGGCAGAGCUCAUUUAACAGUGUCAGUUCUAUUGGGAGUAUGUUCGGCGGUUUCUCGCUCGGUUACAUAUCCGAUAAAUUUGGACGCCGUGGUGCCGUCGCUCUUUGUUGCUUAGUGUCCAUUACCGGAAUAUUCAUUCAAUUCUUCACCCCUCCGCACAAGAAUGGAAUGCUCCUUGCAGGCAAACUCAUCAAUGGCUAUGCGCUAGGCAUGUAUGUAUCCGGUGCCAGUGCCUAUAGCGCCGAAGUGUCUCCUUUGGCACUUCGUGGAAUCACUACUGCGUCGGUCAACUUGUGGAUUGAUCUUGGUCAAUUCAUGUCCAACGGUGUCAUUGAGGGUACUGGCAACUUCUCGAGUGCCUACGCUUACAGGUUGCCUUUUGCGUUGCAAUGGAUCUUCCCUGCCAUCCUUCUGGCUGGUCUUCCUUUCGCUCCAGAGUCACCUUGGUGGCUUGUGCGCAAGGGCCGUGUGGAAGAUGCACGCAAGGUGAUCAUCCGGCUAGCUGGUGACAGCACCGAUAUCGAUCUGCAAUUGCAUCAGAUCUGUGAGACGAUCGAGCUUGAGGAGACGUAUGCUGUGAAUUCGACGUACAUGGAUUGCUUCAGAGGUGUCAAUCUCAGGCGUACCAUCAUUGCAUCCAUGGUGUUUGUACUCCAGCAGGCAGCCGGUAUCGUCUUUGUGCUCAGUUUCAGCACGUACUUCUUUGAAUUAGCAGGUUUCGCGGAUAGUAAGGCAUUCCAGCUGGGUGUCGGCGUCACCGCUCUCGGAGUCGUCGGUAACUUGCUUACGUUUUAUACCGUCAACCGAUAUGGACGUCGUUUCAUCUUUAACUGGACCAUGCUGGCGUGCACAGUCGUACUCUUCCUCAUUGGGUUUCUAUCUAUUCCUACCUCCCAGGGUGCUAAGUGGGCUAUGUCUAUCUUCACUCUAGUGUAUAACUUCAUCUAUCAGACGGGCAUUGGUCCUCUCGGCUACGUUAUCUUCGCUGAAGUCUCUAGUGCGAAACUUAGGUCUAAGACCAUUGGUCUUGGUAUUUUGACCAAUUCAUUGUGCGGCAUGGUGGCCAACAUUGUCAUCCCCUACCUCGUGAACCCCGACGAGGCCAACUUGGGUGGCAAGGUCGGUUUCAUUUUCGGGGGUCUCGCUGCAAUCGGCACGAUUUGGGCGUGGUUCUAUAUCCCUGAGACCAAGGGCCUCACCGUAGAUCAGAUCGAUACACUCUUCGAACGUGGCAUCUCUGCGCGUCAUUUCCAGUCAAUAAAUCUUGAGGAGGAGGAAGCGCAUGUCGGAGAUACAUAUCCUCUCAGCCACUACGAAGUGAGCGGAAACAAGGAGGGAUCUCCAGUCGUCUUCGUUCACGGUGGUCCCGGCUCUGGGUCGGACGCCAAGGAUCGUUCAUUCUUCAACCCAGCAAAAUACAAGAUUGUUCUCCUUGACCAAAGAGGCGCAGGAAUGUCCACACCAUCUGCUGUCACGGAGGAGAACACCACAUGGGACCUUGUCAAGGACAUUGAAAGAAUUCGCGAGCUACUCAAUAUCGACAAAUGGCACGUUUUCGGAAGCUCCUGGGGAUCUUCGCUUUCACUGGUAUAUGCUCAGGCACAUCCCAAUCGUGUUAAGCCUUAUACUUCGUGGUAUCUUCACCCUCCGAAAGAGUGA